AGAUUUUUAGCCUCACCGAGUAACCAAAUGUAUUUAAUUCUCAUUUUACGCGAUAGGCACCUUUGAUCUUGAUACCCGAAAAUGGCCACUUGACUUAAAAGAUUGAGCAAAAUCAAAUCUUUUAUCCCACUCUAUUUUAAUCUAUUCAUUUUGUCGUCCAUUCAACAUGAACCUACGAUACAAGCUGAUUCUGGUCGGGGUUUCUAUUUUGAUUAUCUGGAGACUGCUUAGCCUAGCACCUCGCCAACCAGCGAUGGAUCUUACAAUUUUAGAACGAGAGGUUGGAUCUAAAAUCGACACUAGUUCUUCGACGUCUUCCUCCAAAGAAAAAGUUGCCGUUGCUGUGUUCUACGAAACUUUGUGUCCAGACUCAAGAGGUUUUUUCAUCAACCAGCUGCUUCCAACUUUGGAAAGAGCCCCUGAUAUUUUCAAAAUCAUUUUGGUACCAUAUGGGAAGGCUUCGACUGUAUCUCAUGGGGAUUCAGUCGAAUUCACUUGCCAGCAUGGUCCAUUGGAAUGCGAAGGCAAUAAGGUCCAUGCUUGCGCUACAAAACACGUCCGGGACCAGCUCACCCUGGUGCGAUAUGCCACCUGUAUGAUUAGUGACAAUUUAGACCCUGAAGAUGCUGGCAAAAAGUGUGCGAGGUCAUUAAAUAUUGACUGGGAUCCGAUUGUCGCUUGCUCGAGAGGGAGCGAAGGAAAACUAUUGCUCGCCAAAAUGGGCGAAGCAACUCAUUCUUUAAAUCCACCUGUCACCUUCAUUCCCACGAUUGCUGUAAAUGAGCGUUUGAGCAAUCAAGCUUCACUACUUAAGAGAUUGUUUGAAGAGUUGUGCACUAGGUUCCAGGUUGUUCCUGAGUCCUGCAAGGGAAUAUCAACAGUGGCGUUCCAUCCCCUCUGAGUCGGGAACAUGUUUCAUAUAUUAUGAGACUUUAUGAGUGUUAGAUAUUUGAGCUUUGGUUAAAUCUUUUAGCAGGCUGUGAAGAGAGCCAUUGCUUGACGUUUUGUUGUUUAUUUAUUGGACAGAUAACUUAAUCAAAUGUUAUAUUUGUUGCCCAUUUCUGCUUGUAAUCAAAAUGACCAUUGCAUUCCAAGUGUAUUGCCAACUGUAUCUUUGUUAUAUAAUUUUCAUCAAUUGAUGAUUGUUACUACCAAUUUUUAUGAUGGAUUGUACUAUAUUUAUCUACAACAUACUUAUAUGUGUCAAAUUUUAUAUACAACUGUAGAAAAAUGAUGAGGUAUCUUAAAAUUGAAUGUAAGACAAAUUAUUGGGAACUUGCACUGUCUGAAACAUAAACUUUGUACCCAUUUUCUAUUUUUAUAAAAAUUUAAUUAGCAUUAAUAUUUUCACGGUCAAUUUUUUUGCAUGGUUAAUUUGUUUUUAAUUUUUGUUAGCGAAGGAUGUUUAGAUAGUUUCAAAGAUAAUUCUUUCCUUAAAUUUGUUCAUUACUGCCUUUUUCCAUACAAAUAAACCAAAAUAUUGAAACUGA